AUACACAGAAGGGACUUUCUUUGGAAUGUCGUGUAACAAUGCCGCGUGACAUAAUAGUGAUUUGUGUGAAUAAGAUCGCGAACACUCGAUUGGAGGUACUCAUACAAUGAAUGGUGAUGACUCUCGCCCAGAAUAAGCAGUCUGACGGGAAGUACACUCCAAAGCUACCGGGAUGCUCUCGAUUCGGAAAGGCACUGUCACCGUCAGAUCCGACUUCUGGGAAAUUUUCAUCGAGGAAAUCGUAGUCGAUGACGUCGGGAGAAGGAAUUUCUUUCGCCAGAGAUGGUGAUACGGACCUUUAUAUUAUCAGCCCCUCCUGUGCGAUGGGUGGCUACGAUAGUAGGUCUGAUACUCCUUGUGAUGUCGACCAACGGCUUUCCUGACGGCGCUCCUGUGGAUGCGUGUGGAGAUAUGAUGCCUGUCCAUGGGAUGGCAACACCUCAGGUUAACCAGAAUAGACUUGGUAUUGCCAUGACAACUGUUGUGAUGACAGACGAAGAUGAUGGUGACGAAGAGGAUGGCGAUGCUACUACCGUUCAUGUGACCUUGAUAGGAAACCAACCAUUUAGUGGAUUCUUUAAAGGAUUCAUGAUUCAAGCUCGUCAUGUUGGAGGUGACAGACCUAUCGGGAGAUUUGUAAGGAUACCUGCGGGACAACAAGGGCUCAAUUGUUCCGGUGUAGAGAACUCGGCCGUCACGCAUACCAAUAACGAUCAAAAGUUUGGGGUUUCAUUUGCUUGGAAGCCGUUGAAGAAAGAUGACACCACGAACGUUAUAUUCGUUGCCACCAUAGUGAAGUCUUACAACCGCUUUUGGACGAACAUAAUAUCUGAAGUCCUGUUUCCUUCAGUCCCGACAACACCGUCUUGGAGAGAUAAUCCUGACGAAAACAACACAUCUACUGAACCAAUUCCUACGACAAACAGUACUACUAACUCUACUUCAUUGUUCCAGAACGUUACUACGAUGUCACCAUUAACAGAUGGGUCUAACGUGACAACAAAUCUAUCUCCUACCACUAUAGCCCCGGUCACUGAUAAUAGCACUACCUCCCCUCCAUCUAAUACUACCACAAAUGAUGUGACCGAAUAUGUUAGCGCAACAACCGUUUCUUUUAAUGGCUCGACAGUAUUAAGCAAUGUUACUAUUAGUGUAACAACUACUGAAUCAUCAACUGAUGCCGUGGAUACUACCACGUCAGCCGCCGCUAACUCCACUGUGGACAUCACCACUGCGGAUAUCAUAAAUAUAACUGAAUCGACUCGUUAUACAACGGUUAAUACAACCAACAUAUCCAGUAACUCAUCAGAAUUGAAUGUCACGACUGAAGAACCAAAUGUUACUACGACAUUGAAUCCUGAGAAUGUUACUACGACAUUAAAUCUUGAUAAUGUUACUACAACUUUGAAUCCUGAUAAUUUAACUUCGACAUCAAAUCCCGAGAAUGUUUCUACGACAUUAUAUUCUGGUAAUAUCACUACAUCAGAUCCCGAGAAUGUUACUUCGACAUUAAAUCCCGAUAAUGCAACUACGACAUCAAAUCCAGAGAAUGUAACUACGACAUCAAAACCCAUAAAUAUCACUACGACAUCAAAUCCUGAGAAUGUAACUACAUCAAAUCCCAAGAAUGCCACGACAUUAAAACCCGAUAAUUUCAUCACGACAUUAAAUCCCGAAAAUGUUUCUACGACAUUAAAUCCCGAUAAUGCAACUACAUCAAAUCCUAAGAAUGUUACUACGACAUUAAAUCCCGGGAAUAUAACCACGACAUUAAAUCUUGAUAAUGUAACUUCGACAUUGAAUCCUGGAAGUGUUACGACCUUGUCUUAUAGUAAGAAUGAUACUUCAACAUUAAAUCCCGAUGUCACAACGUCUUCCUACUUUUCCACAGUUAAUGUAACGGUACCAAUGGAUAACAUGACUACAACUCAAGAGCCUGUCUUAUCGACAACUAUCAUGAUUCCCACUACUGAUCAAACAACUCAAAUGACCACAGAUUUUUCUAAUAGUACAACAGCCAUUAAUAACGGAACAGAUACAAAUGUGACGUCCACAACAAUAGCUAUAACCUCAGGAAAUGAAACGACUGAUGAAAAUAUGACAACAUCGUUACCCAUUAAUACAACAUCAGUACCGAUUAAUACAACAUCAAUGUCGCCAACUCCGGAUAUAACAGUUCCGACUGUCACAAAUGAUUCAUUUAUAACAACGAGUGGAAAUCAGUCAAUGACCACGAUGCAAAACGUAACGGUAACAGAAACAAGCACCAAUUCAAAAGAAACAUUACCGAUUACAACAACAAAUACAACAGAGCCAUUUACAAAUGUCUCAUUGACUACAUCAUCACCUGUAACAAAUGACUCAUUUGCACCUACCAAUAGCAUGCCCAUUGUGACAAACGUUACAGAAACUGUGACAGAAGCUAAUACAACUAUAAUGUUGAAUCUGUCAACUUCUGAAAGCACUUCGACAUCAAGUCCAACGACAGCUGAGAUAACAUCCACAAAUGCAUCCUCCUCUGAUUCAACGUUAACUAUAAAUUCAACAGAAACCAUGACCUCAGAUUCGAGUUUAAUUCCUUCGACGUCAGUGUCAACAAGCAAGACAACGAUUGUCACUACACUUUCAAUGUUGACAAUGAUGACGACAUCAGGAACACCAGCAACAGCACCCGAGACCACUCAACAAACUACAAUACAUACCACCGCAACACUCCCAACAACUCAACAAAAUACAGCUGAUACUACUACGAUCAUGUUAACAACUGGAAAUGCGGUGACCUCUGCAACUACAACGGUUGACCAGCCAACAGACCUAGUGACUACUCAAGAUGCAGUCACGUCCACAGGUAGCACUGAUGAUUUGCAGAGAUCUAUCAUCCCCGGUGAAACUUCCACUUCUCAAUCACCGAUAGUUGAAAACAACAAUGAGGUAUACGUUCGCUUUAGAAUUACUGGAAUAGAUUUUACCAGUGCAUUGACUCAACCUUCAUCUCUAAAAUACACCAACCUUGAAGCAGAAGUCGUUUCAACUUUGGAACAAGUCUACAGUUCAACCAACAAUUUCAGGAGUGCUGGCGUCACAAGAUUUUUGAAAGGAAGCGUCAUUCCUGAGGUAAGGUUAGAGUUCACAUCUUCUCUGGAUGACGAUUUGAAGAGCAAUGCCCUAGGUACACUUUACAACGCGGUCGAUGAGUCUGGCGGCAGACUGGGAAACUUUUCAGUCGAUAACGUCGCUUCGAUCGAUGAAAAUGGUUAUUUCCAGACAGUAGACGCAUGUUUUAUUCUUCCAUGUCCAUCGGGUGCAUACUGCUAUGUAGAUCCUAUUGACAAUCAAUGUUGGUUAACAUGUGAUAGAAACUCGGGCUAUUGUCUCAAUGGAGGAACCUGUAUCCCUCCUGAUGAUGGAGAGACCAUUGCAACAUGCACAUGUACCAACAACUAUGAAGGCAGAAGAUGCGAGGUUGCGAUAACCACAGUUGCUCCAACAAUUGAUUUACAAAUGAGACUGGUAAUAAUUUUAGCAUCUAUCUGUGGAAUUAUGGCCCUUCUUUUCCUCAUCCUUGCAAUCGUUCUCAUCUGGUGGUGUCGCAGACUAAAAUACACGAAAAGAGUGAUAGAAGAAGACCCUGCUCAAGUGGCCAAAUGGCAGAACAGAGCGCGACGAUCGAGAGCCAGGCGUGAUGCCGACUCCAGUGGUGACGAGACGGUAGAUGGACUCUCAAACUCAGGGGUGGCUGGAAUGAGUUAUACACUGAACAGAGAAACGCAGCUCCCCUUCAGGACUGAACAAGGUGCCAAAUUGCCUCAUAACCUAGUCGCUAUUCCUGAUGACAUUGACACGAGUAGUGGGAGCAAUUUUUACUUUACCGACUCGGAUUCCGAUUCGGAACAUUUCCGUCCUAAAAUCAUCGAAGGUGGAGUGAGUUUUCCAUUUUUCGAUGGAAGUGGAAGCAUCCCUGAUCUGCUGGCAUCAGCAGCUGACUAUGAGAUGGAUGUGAUGCAGCGGAUGUCAUCCAAUAAGCCAUUGGGUACCCGAGGAAGGUCUGUCAGUUUCAGCGACAUUCAGCAAGUGAUUUCAGAUGAUGAUCGCAUCGGGUGGGAGAACUUUACCUUCGGCAGUGAGGCAGCGGACAGUAACAAAAACAACAACUUUCAAAUGCGCUGGGACUUUCAGGUUGGAGGAAAGUCUGAUGAUGCCGAUGGUAAAAAGGAUGAUGGUGAUGAUGACGACGAGCGCAAUAAAGGUGGUGGUCGAGGUCUUCUCGGUGAGACGAAUGCAUGACGGUACGCGCUGCCAUCACCAAGCUCUGUUGAGAAUUCUCAUGAAUCCCCUUUGCCUCGCUUGCCAGCUAAUCUAGCGGAUACAUAUUUCUAAAAGAAUAUGCUAUCCGCAAGAUUUAUUUCUUCUUCUUAAUCUUUGUUCAAUACUUUACUCAUAUACCACCAUUCAUUCUGUUUGCAUGAUUGUUUUACUAACGCACUAACAAAGUAAUAUGGAUCAUAGUAAAAGUAAAAAAAAAUUACCAAAGCAUUUACCGUCACAUUUAACUCUUUCCUCAUAGAAAAUGACAAUAAUGCUGCAGGAGCAAGCUUUCAUUUGAAUAGUCUUCUUUGCUGAAUUAUAUUCAAAAUCUAACAUUGUCGUUCUCCGAUAUUUUGUCAUAAAAUUUAAUGAUAAUCAUGCAGCACCGUAUCACAAUAUUCAUGGUAGUAAUUUGGAUUUUAAAAAUACUUUGACUUAAAAUUUGAAAUGAGAGUUACACUUGCCCAUUUUAAACAAACAUAGCAAAAUAAUGUUUAAUCUGCCUUAAAAUAUAUAUAUUUCUUACAAGAACCGUGUAAACAAACAAGCAAACAACAGUAAAAAGAAAACAUUGAAUUAAAGAAAAAGGAAAACCUGGAUGAAAGAACAAAAGUCAGACUAAAGGGGAUUAGAGCGUGAUGAUGGCAGCACAGCCCAAUUCACCAUCGUCGCCAAUGCACAGUAUUAUGAAUAUUCGUCAAGUGUUUUCAAUAAGAUCUCCCUCGUGUUUUAUCAUUUCAAACUGACAUGCAUGUCUUUUUAAAAAAUAUUAACAGAUAUUACCAACCUUAUUUGAAGUUAUUUGUUGUAGAGAGUGUGACAGAAUUCAACAGUGACCUUCCAAAUAUCUUAUUCCUCUUACAAGGAAAUUUGUCUCUCUCCAUCUUCCUCAUCCCUACUCUUUCAGUCCACUUUUCUUCUCCCUUUUCUUUCUUCCCCUUCUUCACUCCGUUGCCCAACGUCUUCCAUAUUUAUAUACUUCAUUUGUCUGUUAACACACAUUUUGGCAGCAGACAACCAACAAUAGAUUGAAUAAACCGUUUUAUCAAUUCUCUAAUUGACAUUUGCGUGAAAUCAAACCCAAAUACUUAAUUGUUCCAUAAUUGGAAAUCAAGUCACGUCUGGUUUUCAUGGUUGAAAGUGUGUUUUGUGAAACAGACCCACUUUUGUUGCACAUUAACAUUGGUUGAUACGAAUGUGAAGCCGUUUCACAAAGGAUUUAGCAUGUUCAUAGGAUCAUGAUAAGAUUGCCAUAUGGUAUGCUAGCAUGGAAACCUUGAUGUUGAUUGACUGCAGAGGCCUGUUACCAUGUUUGUAACCGGAAUGGUAAAAUUACCAUAACUUCUUCAUGAAACAGUCUCAUGUAUGGCAACUUGGGAAUAAUUACUUUCUAUUCAAAAUUUCGUUAGAUUAGAAUUAUUGUUUAAAAGGUUCUGAUAAGAAUUGAACUGCCAUUCUAAAUAGUAAGAACCAAUUAUUAUCUCCUUUAAAAUCUAAUCUACUAAGUCCUGAAAUGGUUUUGAAUUCGAACGAAUUCGAACGAAUUUGAUAAGUUAUUUCAGGAUGAUAAAUAAGCUUGGUUACUUUUUAGUAUGCUGUCAGUUACUUGACAGAGAAUUGCAUUUACAGUUUAUUCUAAGUGAGUACAUGAUGGUUUUGCGAUGUCAGAGUUGCCAGCUACAAUCAUUGUGCUUUUUAGGGGUCAGUCUAAAGAAAGUCGAGAGGAUUUAAUCAGGGAAUUGGUAUGGUCACUAACAAUCCCCUGGUUUUAAGAUGAAAAGCAUUUGACGAAUAUCAAAACAGAAACAAACCAAAUAUUCCGUCCAUAGUAUUGUUCAAUCCAUUCUACCACAGUGGUGCUGUAAUUCAAGGUUUAUUUUGUCAUUGUUGUUUUCAAUAUGUAUUUUAUGAAUAGUCGUUAUGUUUAGAUAGACUAAUGAGACAAAAUAUACAGUAAUAUAGUAUAACUUUAGCAAAGACACAUGUACUGGGGACGGCUCUAUAGACUAGACUACUGAGUGUCACUCAAAUCUACCGAUAGCGCGAAACAUCAAUGAAUUCUAUAAAUAUUUAUGUACAUGCAAGUCAUAUUUGCCCAUAGGCUGUUCAUUUGGGCAAUCAAUGUUCAAUCUGCUCGAAAGAAUAAGGAAUAUACUGUAAGUAGAUUUCAUUCCAUACUGAGUAUGACACCGUGUCGAGACUAUAUUGUUCAAUGAUAUUUAUUGUCAAAAUAUGUAUGACUUGACAUGAACUCGAUAAUAGUCUAAUGUUACGUUAUUUCCGAGUCAAUUCAAACAGAAUUGACUCUACUUGUCAUUGAUGACGCAUGUUCCGAGUCACUUUAAGUGUCAAAUAUGCCAAAUUCUGUAUUUGGCGUGUUGAGGAUAACUUUUGUGGAGUUGAUCCCCCUGCCGAUGCCAUUGUUACAGAAUAUAGUUGUAGGUGUCGCAAGUCUCACUGAUGAAACUUACUCCAAAUCGAUCAAUGGUAUGUCAUUCAAAAUUAGAAAACAUCCUUGAUCGGUCUGGUAUCAAGUGCCCCGUCUUACAAAGAGUUAUGAUUGAUCCAAUCAACCUCAACUAUAUGGACUUCCGUUAACGACAAAAAAAAAUCUUCAGAAAAUGUGCACAAUGUACUUUGUGAACUAAGAGAAGCACACUGAAUUGUCAAGAAAACGAUAAACGUAUAUGAACGUACAUGUCCAGAAAAUGAUUUGAAUAAACAUGCAUUUUAGAUGUUGACGUUGCUGGCUUUCCAUAUAGUUGUGGUUGAUCGGAUCAAUCGCAACUCUUUUAAGACGGGGCCCUGGUAUCAGUUCAGUAAGUGUGACCGCUACAUUAAAGCUGAGUAGUGACAGUAAAUUCACAUAUUUUCAACGUAUCAUCCAGAAUCCUGUUAAACAUUGGACACUCAUUGAAGAUGCUGCAAUAUUCCACGCAAUAAUAUUGCAAUUGAUUGUCUAAAUCGUAUCCUAUAUAUCUUAUUUUAUAUGUUGCUGCUGCUGUCUUAUCUAGAUUUCUUACUCAUUAUUAUGAGAGAUGUGUAAGAAUCAAAUUAGAUAGGCCUACAGGUAAAUAAAUGAUUUCGAAUAGCGGAAAAGCUAAUGAUCCGACAUUUUAAUGUGUUUUUAAUGGUUACCCCUAUAAGACAUGAAAACUUGUAUAUAAU